AUGCUCACCACCUGGCAGGUCUUCUUUGGAGCCAUCAGACUCAACAGCGAAGUGAUUGAGGCUACACAAACAUUCGCGGAUGCCUCCAACAAUAUGCAAACAGUUAUAUCUAGACCGAACCUCAUCUCCAAAACGUUGCAAACAGACUGGGCUCCGUAUUGGAGCUGCAAUGAUGACUUUUUCGAAUACUCUGAAAAGCUGAGUGACGCAAACAUACGGGUUUAUAUCGACACACGAUGGACACCAAAGAGGACUCUUGACGUGGAUCCGACGCAGCGAUUGUGCUCGGAAGGGGCCGACAACCUGGCCUACUCCUUUUUCAAUGUUGAGUCGAAUCAGGAUGAAAUCAUCAUCUGCGAACAGAGCUGGGAGAACUAUGUAAACGCUCAGGGAAAAUACGGUAGACUCGCCGACUUAGAUAACACGGCAGCGUAUUUAAAUCGCUUCACGAUCGACUAUGUUGCUGACCGUGCCGCUGCUACGACUAUCCUCCACGAGUUGACUCAUACCGAAUCGAUAUUUGGCGACGGUGCAGCAGUUGACGUAGAUUUGGAUGGCGAACCCGUGUAUGGCUUCGAUCUGAUACAGAGUCUUGCUAUCCAACAGCCGGAGGUCACGGUGACCAACGCAGUAUUGAAGCUGUGGGCUAAGUCGCGCUUCGUCAAUCAAGCGAUGUAUUACUCUGGCUGCAACUGGACGAAGCGAAUAUGUGGCCAAGCCCCGCCGGAUAAGAUCAGGACGAGAGAACAGGAUGGCACGGUUACGUACAAGACGUUUGAAUACUAG